AUGUUCAACUACAGUUCAUGCCAGAUCUCUGGCACCGUAAUCUUCAUCGCCGGCUACUCCGCCAUCUUGAUCCUUGGCCUGUUCUUCAACAUAGCCGCGCUCUACUUUUUCUUCCGCCUCCCUCAGCUCCAGUCACCCACUACCGUCUACAUGAAGAACCUGGCCUUUUCCGAUCUGCUCCUGGUCUGCACUCUCCCUCUGAGGAUCUACGACUACACGGUGUCCGACCCCGCGGGGCGUGGAUACUCCGUUCCCCAGUGGCUGUGCGACGCGGUUGGAACUCUGCUCCUCCUAAACAUGUACGGCAGCAUCUUCCUUUUGGCCUGCAUCAGCCUGGAUCGGUGUUUGGCUGUCUGCUUCCCUCUCCGUUCCAAACGGAUCCGCCGCUGGGCUCCUUGGAUCUGCGUAGCGGUUUGGUGCCUUAAUAUGGGAUCUAGCGUCAUGGCUUAUAGCAUUUCCAGCAACGGUUUCCAGAAAAAUACCACAAACAAGCAGUGCUUCCAUGGUCAGCCUCCAUUUGUGACCAUGAUUGGUCCCACCGUAGGAGCCCUCGUGAUUGGUUUCUUGGUUCCUUUCAUCAUCAUGAGUGUGAGCUCUUGGACCCUUCUAAGGGCGAUAGGCCGUAGCCAGCUGGUUGAGAUAGGCUUGGUGAACAAAGAGAAGAUUGUACGCAUGUUGGCCACCAAUUUGGCCAUUUUCCUUGUUUGUUUUUUACCGUACCAUACCGUGCUUGUGCUCUACCAGCUCUGGAAGGCAAAUCAUUGCCUGCACGAGGUUUACAAGAUCACCUUGCUAGUCGCCUGUUCGAACGCAGUACUGGACCCCUUGACCUACUAUUUUGUUGCCGAGACGUUGAAGAAGACCUUGAUAAAGGAGAUAAAGCUGAUUGGGGAGUCGGAUAAUUCGGCAGAGAAAAUGAAAGGGUCAGUAGCUCACGGCAGUGGAUAGAAACUUGUGACCAAA